GUUGAAGCUAACCCACACCCCUCGUUCAGCACACAUGCGGAAUCGGUGGGAGCAUAAUUAUGAGCUUGCGCACAACUGGGUUGAAAUGGGUAAAGGGGGUAAUAGAGAUUCCCGUCCCGUGUACCGUGGGACGAGCUAGCCCCGGGUAUCCUAUCUGUAUAGAGCCACGAAUGAACGCGCAGUCGAAAUCUCGUUUCCCCACACGUUAACAUUAGUCUUUUUACACACUUUCUUGUGCUUCCGCCAGUGCAACCAAGAAACCCAUCUCCAAAAUUCAUGUUCACAUCUUGAGAGACAACAGUUGUAUGAGAUAUUUGGGAAAUAUUUUGAUACAGAGUUGCGAUAAACUGAUCAACAAAAUUGUGAUAGUUCAGGAACAUCAAGUUUCGCGAAGAAUUCUCAGGGUAAAUACGAGUACUUGGAGAAGCCUGGACUUUAUACAGUGAUAUGCCAAGGCAUGCGCCGUAAACAUAACAAGAUUGAUGUCUCACGAAGCGCAGAUUCUAGGAUUGGCGCUUCUGAGCUUGUCCUGGGUGGUCCUGGGGGAGGAUGGAUUCAACAGUACUAAUGAACCCAUUCACUGUCCAUUUGGCUGCAUAUGCUUGUCAUCCAAACAAGUUUUGUGCAAUAUCGGCGGUCUCCGGGACAUUCCAUCAUACCUCAACAUGGCCAUCGAGGAUUUAUCACUGUCGAAGAAUGAUUUUCGUAUCAUAGAAUCGGAUGCUUUCAGUGGUCUACGUUCAUUGCGCAAACUCAGUCUAGAUGGAAAUAAUAUAACAGCUAUCAAGCCAUUCGCAUUUCGCGGCUUAUCCAGACUCACGGAUUUGUCAAUUCAGUACACACCACUUAACUACAUUGGUAGUUACUCAUUCGCAAUGUUGCACAAUGUGACACUCAUACUUUUAGCCCACAAUCGGAUAAAGUAUAUAGAUGAAAAUUCAUUUGCUGGAACGAGUAAUAUCAAAUUAAUUCUGUUGACUAAUAAUCCACUGAUGACAAUUCAUUCGCGGGCAUUUUCAGGAUUAAAUUACGUUGAGAGGCUUAUAUUUCCUUCGGGAAUACGAGUCAUCGAGCCCGAUGCCUUCAAUGGACUUCAGUACGUCGGUCUUUUAAAGUUAACAUUUAUGGAUUUAAACAGUCUAUUGCCCUUCACAUUUCGCGGUCUCUGUUACAUUCAAGUGUUGAAUAUUCAAGAGAGUGACCUCGGUACGAUAAAACCCGAUGCUUUUGCCGGAUUGAGUCAUAUAGAGAGUAUAAAUAUAUUGAAUAAUAAAAUUGAUUCAAUUCAGGAACUUAAGAUAAUCAACGAGAGUGCGGUUACUCUGUUGAGAUUUCAUGGUAAUCAUGUACUACAUUCACCAAGAGCCAGAGAUACAAGUUUACAGGUACAGAAUAUCUCAACACUUGGUAAUUAUUUUCCCUGUGAUUGUCAGGUACAUGAUUUGUUUGGCAGUGACUUUGUUAAUGACACUGUCAAGCAAUUUCGUGAGGAGAAUUACUGUAUUUCACCGUUGGAAUUUAAUGGUAGCCCGAUGAGUAAUGUUGACUUUGAUUCAAUUGCCAAGUGUCACGACAAAGUUGUGCAGGAUAAUCUUGGCUCGUCCGCACAGACACAUUCCGGGGUGAGAAUGUUCUUUCUCGUUGUUGCGAUUCUAUUUAAUGCUGUUCGAUAAGCUUGAGCUUUUUGGGAGACAGUAGGGAAGUGGUAAAACUUUACAGAAUUUGCGAAUUUUCAAGGGUUUUUAUAUUGAAGAUACCGAAGGACUUUCGAUAUUGUUUAUUCCGCUAAAUGUUUUCCUACUUUUAUAGCAUAGCUUGGGAGACUUUAGAUGAGAGACAUUUUAUUUUAAGAUUUUGAACAUUUUAGAACUUUUUUAUUUGUCUAAUUUCAAUGCAUUGAUUGAUCAAUUCCAAUUAUUCUAAUUAUUCCCAAUAUUAUAAUUAUGUGUAAAACUUAUUUUUAAUGACGUGGCGUAUUCAUUAUUUAACUGUAAAAAUAUUUGAAUAUCUCAAAAUUUAAAUGGUUUAAUGUUAAGUCAAUAACUGUCGGAAUCGAUGACGUAUCGAAUAAUGAAACAAAUUGAAACAUUUUCCUCGAUUCAAAAUGGAAUUAAAUAAAGCAUAAAUACAUUAUAAACAUUUUUGAAAUAGAACUCUAAUUGCUGCAAAUUUCGAAUUUCACGUUCACAGUUUACCACUUCGUUAUUGGAAUAAUGGAUUUGUAAUAAAAAUGAUAAAAUAUGUAUAUAUUGAUUCAAAAAUAUUGAGAGAGAAGAGAUGAAGUAGAAGACCAAUUUACUGUAUAUUCAAAUUUUUUGUUCCUCCACACAGAGAGAAAAGCUGGAAAAAAUUGGAAAAGGUUAAUAUAACAUUAUAAAUAACGAAGCAAAAAAAUUAUUAAAUUUUAUGCUGGCACAAGAUGUAAACAAUGAAAUUGAAAACAAAUAUAGAAAAUGUAUUUCCCAACUUUUAUCUCCGUGCACUCCUGAAAAUCAUUGUUGAUUUUGAUGUUAGUUAUGCUGACUGUUAUCAACAUAAAGACUGGAAAGUGUUACAAAAUACAAAUGAUAGCUUUCACUGAAUCUUAGGUAGCUGAGAAAUAAUUUCAGAAGAAAACCUAAAGACAAGUGUGUAUGCAACACAUAUCAACUACUAAAGGCUUUCGUGUGGUUCAACUGAACAUAUGGGAAAUCAGUAACUCAUCGAUAAAGCGCAUCAUUCUUCAUAAAUUCAUCGACAUAACUGUCAUUUUGUAAUUCAUAAGGAGAGAGGGGACAUUUUUAAUGAUGAAUGGAAUAGCAGAUGAAUGAUAAACAUUAUCUUGCGCUGGUCAUCACUGGAGGACCAUUUUUACGUGUAAAUUGGUGAAAAUUAUGAAAAAAAUGUUUAAUUAUUUAUAUUCGCUUGAGGGAUGAUCUCUGUGACGAGGGAAGUGGCUUUCCCGAAAUAGAUUGCAAUUUCAUUCAGUCUCGACAUGGUGAUAAAACUGAAUAAAUCAAGUA